AUGGUCGCUCGCAAUACCUCCUCUUAUCUCCCACUGGCGGGAUCCUCCUCUUCCUCCCCUUCUUCCUCACGCUCUGCAUCAGGAAGGAUGUGUGGACCCUCGAGCAGCGCCCUCUCUUCACUCGCACGCAAGCUAAAGAGGAUUCUCCUCGUCCUAGUAGCAUUCGUCAUACUGCUGCAGCUACUAGUCUUGCUACCUUACUUUGCGGGAGAGGAGAGAAUGAAGGGAUGGGGUCUUGAAAGCGUACCUCAUCCUGCACCGCCGCAAUGGAUGCAGCCCGGCAGUUGGGCGACAGGGCCACCUGGACCGCCCGGUCAUGGUCCUCCUGGUCAUGGUCCACCCGGAAGGCCGGACGAUCAUCCUCCGUGGGACGACGGAGAAGAUCACUUCACAGGUGGAGCUACUCCCAUCGAUGCUUCCAUAGCAUUCCCUCCACCAUACCAUAAAACAUUUCAAACCUUUGACUAUGCCCACAACUCCGAUGCCAACCCUCACUUGGGUCAGAUUCCCGCUCUGCAUCUCAACGUACUCAACUCGGUACCAGUACUUGUCGCGCCGCCUUUUCCGCCAAAAGCUCCCGAGAUCAACUCGUCCGUUUACAAUCUGAGACCUUGGGACAAGGAGCUGAAGGGGUCGAACACGACAUGGCAGGACUCUUUCAAGGCCCAUCUUCAGCCCAUGGAGGAAGACCCUCGCUCGGCGCCCUUCAGCGGCUGGAAACCCCCUCUUGCUAUGCUCGAUACAUCAAAGCCCCCUGCCGAAAAGCUGGGCAAGGUCCAGUUUGCCUUCACAGACCCUACACGGCGGUCUGGCAAACAGGGCGAUGAAGCGCGAGAGAAGCUCCUUGCAGAACGUCAACGGUUGGUACGCAAUGCCUUUCUGCAUGCUUGGUCUGGCUACAAGCGUCUAGCUUGGGGCCAUGAUGAACUGCGUCCCGUCAGCGAGAAGGCGCAGGACAAUUUCAAUGGAUGGGGGGCCACCAUUGUAGAUGCUCUUGACACGCUUCUGGUCAUGGACCUUCCCGGCGAGUACGACCUCGCGCGUAGUCACGUCAGGGACAUUGACUUUGCCUUGAUUGGUGGUGAGCGCUCGGCGUACGGCUCUUCUGACGGUCGCCUGCCCGUCUUUGAGACGGCAAUUCGUUAUCUCGGCGGUAUGCUCGCGGCCUACGACCUCAGUGGAGAUGAGCUGAUGAAAGAUAGGGCAGAGGAGCUAGCGCAGCGACUCGAAGCCGCAUUCGACACCAGGAGCGGGGUGCCCGUGGGCAGAAUCAGAUUAGCAGAGGACAUCAACCAGCCGAGACCCGGCAGGGGCAGCUUUGGAUCGACUCACAGCUUCUCCUCGGUUGUGCUUUCGGAAGCGGGAUCUAUGCUGCUCGAGUAUACACGUCUUUGGCAAGCGACGGGGAAUCGAGCUUAUUAUGACCGCGUACAGAGGGUGACGGAUUGGUUCGACAGGAACAUGACUGAAGGAGCAGGACAGGGUGGAUUGCUGUACAACAUCAUCUUCCCAGAGCAGCACACCGGCUCAGGGUCUCUGUCCUUUGGCGGAAUGUCUGACUCGUACUACGAGUACCUCAUCAAGGAGCACCAGCUACUUGGCGGGCGUGUGCCGCAAUACGGACGCAUGUACUCGGCAGCCAUGGAGACUGCUCGAGGUUUCAUCAUCAGAGACGUCCACUCCGUCCCCAAUACCUCUCUCCUCGUUCCAGGGUCAUUCGAGCACAAGACUUGGCACGCCAAGUUGGAACAUCUGGCUUGCUUCACGGGAGCUAUGGCUGGUCUAGGAGCCAAAUUAAUGCCCAAGGAGAGGGGCAAAGACUAUGCUGUUGCCCAGAGAAUCUCCGAGACGUGUUGGUGGGCGUACAACUCUACCAAUACCGGUAUCGGACCAGAGUACACCAUCUUUUACGAAGAGUACAAGCCGCAUCGCGGUAAGAAUGGAAAGAAUGUUGGAAAGUAUGGCCAAAAUGCUAAACCCUCUGGCUGGCCGAUCGAGGGUAUCCGUGGUCAGCUUCCGGACUAUAGAGGCCGACCUGAGACGAUUGAGAGCGUCUUCUACAUGUGGCGCAUUACAGGUGAUCCAGUCUGGCAGGAGAGGGGUUGGCAGAUGUUCUCAAGCUGGGUCACACACUCGAUGACCAAUGUGGGAUUCGCCAAUAUACAGGACGUGAAUAAAGUGCCGGCACCACUGACGGAUAGCAUGGAGAGCUUCGUAUUUGCUGAGACCUUCAAGUAUUACUAUCUGCUCUUCUCGCCACCGGACCUCAUUUCGCUGGAUGACUAUGUCCUGACCACUGAAGCACACCCCCUGCUUGUGCCUCAAAACGGCAAGUGGGCGCAGCCAGAAGCACAGCGUGUACAAGGCGUGGGCGGAGCGUGUGGCCGAGAAGGAGAAGAAAGAAGCGGCAGCACAGGCCAGGAUGGCACUGAAUACGGCGGUGCAGAUGGCUAA